UUACUGGAGCAUCUCCCGGUGGGCCCUCUGUCUGCCCAGCUCGGCUGCCAAGUCGCGGUAGAGGCACGAGUCCUUCGACGGUUCGGGCCACUCCUCGUUGAGCAUGUCGUACACCUCCUGCAUGCACCAGUCCGCUGGGACCCCGGACCUCGCCAGAAGCUCACUCACCAAGUUGGAGUAGUGCUCGAAGUUGGUUUUCUCCUCUUCGAGAACACACACACACACACACACACAAGUCGACCAUCCAUCUCUCUCUUACUCCAGCCUUGGUCCGCUGCAGCUCAGCCCGCAGAACAGCCACCUUCCUCACACAGAGGAUUCUCGUCGCUGCACAUAGACAGCCGGUAACAAAACACAGAAAGCAGCCUUUGUUGCGUCUCGCAUUGCAACUUGUCAUGCUAAAAAACCCAGUCCUCCUGUGUGUAACGCCAUUGCGAAUCCUCGGCACCACGCUUGAUAUCUGUGUGCUUUACGUUACGUGCCACAAAACAAACAAAGGAUAUAAGAUGUAGGCAGCGAUCAUCCUUACGCACGCCACACGGAGAAGGCAAGGGCGAGUGAUGACGUUGUCGAAGCUGACGUAGUCUCUGAUCGCCGGUGGGAGCUCGCAUGCAGCAACCGCAUUGCGCAUCAGACACCAGGUCAUGCGAGUGCGACUCCACUGAUUGCGAAUGCGUCCGUGUGUAUGUUAUGUGGUUGUGUGGAUGCGAGCGUACCCCUGCGAUGCGCGAGAGGCCUUUGCCGUAGGCCCGGUACCUCGCCACACAUCCUCACCAAUACCACCACUAGCAGCAGCAGCAGGGGGUGUGUCUCUCUGAAACACAAGACACACACAUCGAGACGUAUGGGCCAUGAUGGCAAAAUCCUCUUUCUCUCUUUCUCUGUGUGCCUGUGCGACCGCCUCUGGCUUCGAGUAGCACCUCCAUCCAGCCCUGUGACCCCUGUCGUAGAACAGCGUCAGGAAGUCAUCCUGCCCCACAUGCAUGAUGGACAACAAUGAUGUGUAUGUAUGUAACUCAUGGCAGGUGGGCACCUCCCCUUCUCUCCCCUGCGUGCCUUUUCUGUUAACACUGCAGCCAUAACACAUAUUCGAUGCGUGUCAUUCAGUGUCUCUCUUCUCUGCGUCUGUGGUACCCAGCAUGACUUUCCCGUCUGCGUAUAUCUCGGCGAGACGGCAUAUCUGCUCCGUCAUCCACCCGUACAACCCAGGACUCACGUGACACUCUCCUACACACACGACACACAUGGGCACACAAUGUCAUCCCCAUCUCUCAUGCGCGCAAUUGUGGGCUCACCCAGGGGGUCGAACUCUACAGCUUCCAUGCCAUGUGGUGUACCACAGGCACGAUGACGUGCUUGAAGAUGGCGUAAAGGUUGAGUGUGGCGCCAUAGCCAUAGCCAUCGCUCUCCCCCAUCUCGUCCAUGUCACCCGUGUUCUGAUCAGACACCAGCAACGGAUCCGUUGCUGGAAUGAUUUCCGUUGCUGGCAGGCUUACGGGGCAGAAAGAUGAGUAUCUGUGUAUCGAACAAAAGAACACAUCAGGGUCAGUCCAGAAGAUGUUCUGGGUGCCGUUGCCUGACACGCUCACAGACACACACACACACACGCCAUAUGAUUGACGUGCCAUCCAUGUUGCGACGAUGUUGAGGCGUGUCUCUCUUUAGGCUUACCCUCUUAGUAGGCGGCUUGUACGUGUAAAAACACGUGGGGUUGAUGUCUCACGGCCCAAAAAAUAUAAAAUGUAGGCAACGAUGAGCAGGCUCGACACUCUCGCUGGGCGCAAUCACGGCCAACCACACGCACGCACGAGCGCACCCCCACGCAUUCAUGGCAGUGUUAGUCGCCCCACUGGGGGCAGGCCAAAUCACCGCUGUGAUCUCCAGCCACGAGAUCUGGAACACACACACACACACCACCGACACGAAGAUGGUCACACAUACGCAGACACCGCGCGGCGGCUCGCUCACUGGGAAGGACGCAAUGAAGUAAGUAGUCGUCGAGGGCCUUGGCUGAUGUCACCUCGGGUUGCAGAUCAACCAUGUGGAGCGCGAGAGCCUCUUGAGGGGUCCGUCUGCGGCUGUCUGGUCGCCUCCCCCGUUGGACGGCAUGUGCCUGUGGGCCCCGGUGGCCACCAGUGGGUGGGAUGGCGCGGCUAAUCGACGGUGGGGUGGCGGGGGUCGGAAGGGGGGACGACCGCUGGAGGGGUGCGAUGAACACACUACUCCCCUGACAGACAGACAGACAGACAGAAUAGAACGGAUGACACGGCCCCGCCUACCUGAGUCUUUAUUCUGUGUGUGUUUGUACCUGUCUGUGUGGUUUCGGCAGUGUGGGUGUCGGCCAUAUGCAGCACCCCGACAGUCUGCAUCCAUCCAUCCAUCCAUCCAUGCAUCCAACACAGACAGAGACACAGACACAGUGAGGUGAGUGUGCUGUAUGUAUGUGUUUGAGUGUGGUGUGUUAUAUAUGUGAGUAUGUGUGUCGUGCCCAUACAGUGAGUGUGUGGGAUAAUCGGCACACGUGUGGGCCCCGGCCCGCCUCCGCCCGCGAAUGCCAUUGCAGGCAGGUCAUGGUGGCCCUUGUAAGCAUACUGACCACCUGAUAGAUAGACAGAGAUGGAUAAAUAACAAACAGACAGACAGACGGAUGCGAUGCAUCGCAUCCAUCAUGUCAUGAAUGAUGGAUCCAUGGAUGGGGAGGUGUGUCUUUAUUUACCGCACCGCAUGUGUAAAGACACUUACUUACCAGCAAAUGGUCGCAGUCCCACUUCGAAAUGAAUGCCUGUCCUCACCACCAUGGGCCUCGCAGGGCCAUAGCCCACCCUCUGCACGACACAACACAACACACAUGCAGACAUGCAUACAUACCCCCACACAGACACAGACACACAGCGCAUCUCUCGCCUGCUGCUCUCUCUCUCUCUCUCUCUCUCUCCGUCACUUACGGCAUAAGGAUUUGGAUAGCGCGGGACGUCACUUGGGCGAGGGUGGGCAUGGGGGUGGUCCCAGGACGUCGGCAAGAUGACUGGCGGGGGGAAUGCCGGCCCAAUCGCCUCAUACGGCACCGCUGCAGCAGCCGUGGGGCUGGCCAGCGAUGAGUCGGUGAACACCACGCUGCCGUCGGGAAGCUGUAUCCGGUUGACGCCCGCUGACGCUGACGAGUGGCCCUGCAGCGUGUCGUUGUUGAACGGCAGUGGGUGGGGGGGAGAGACGAUGGUCGCCGGGGAACCGUCGCCGCCAUGACUACACGAGUACUCACACACGCCUGAAACAAACAGCACAUGCAGCAAGCCAUGAGUGAUGGAGGGCGACGUAUGUGUGUGUUGGCCAUUCCCUCCCUCCUCUCUCUCUCUCUCUCUCUAUGUCUGUCUGUCUGUCUGUCUGUCCCCAUCACCCACCUUGGAAGGAUCCGUUCAUCCACUGGUCCACGCCCAUCUGCUGGAAGUCUUCACCGCAUACCUCAUCGACACCGCGACAUCCCAAUCCCCCCGCCCAACUGGUGAAUGGAACUGUGUCAGCAUUCAGGCGACUCCCACUCGCCCCUGUCGGUCCUUCUCGAAGCUCAGCCUGACCUCCCUGGUGGUGCUGCGGCCGUUGUGGAUCAUCCCGCACCGCCGCGUGCUGGUGGUGCAUGCUUCUGAACGCCAUGGGAGGCUGCUGGACUCAUGGACAGAAGCCGUCCUCACUAUUGCGUCCUGUCCAUGAGACAACCAGCAAAGAGAGGAAUAUAUCUCACCAAAUCCAAACGCAACUCGUUGACUGGUCACCAACACAUCGCAUUCUAAGAGGAAUCUGGAAAGAAAGAAGGCGACUCAGAGGCGUGUGCAGUGGUCAGGAUCCUCCGUGUGUACACCGCCAUCUUUGUUGUGUCUUACGUGGGCUGCUGGCCAAGCCGCCUCAACAUGGCUGCCUCCCAUCCACUGCAGGUGUCGCUUGACUUGCUUUCCGCCGAUUCCUGGGGCUAAAGCAGCAAGAAGAAACGAUGAGAAGAGACAGCGACAUUGCCAGCGGAAUGGCUGACCACAUGCAGCAGGUAGGCUCUCCGCAUGGCCUCAUCGACACGCCCGGCCAGCAACGAUGCGAUGUAUGCGAGCGGCGCCUC